GGCUUGGUUCACAGCAAUGGCUAUGAUGAGCAACGUAUGAAGAUGCUUGGUUCACUACAAUUGCCAUUCUCUGGUAAUGUGGGGAAGGGUGUUGAAGACCAUGGUGCAGAGCGCAGAAUGAGAAGUGCAGCGUUUGACCUGUACCAUCAUCGUGUCGUGUCGGUGGAACUUUUUGGGAGGCCGGGGAAGUUUCUCCAUAUUCGUACUACGGUUUUGGUGGACAUUUUGCUCUCUGUCUGUGGAUCUUUAACUAGCUUGCUCAAUUUUAAGAUCAAGAAGUGA